GGGUGCUCCCCCUCACCCCUUUUGCCCUCUGUUGCCUCUGCUGCUGCCGUCGACUUCGUUGGCACCAAGUCGGUCGGCGCUGCGUCUGCCUCUAGCGGGAGACGCCGCACCGGCAAGGGCAAGGGGGGCAAGGGCGCCGGAGGGGCUGGCGGGGGUGGUGGAGGUGGCGGUGGAGGCGGCGGAGGGAGUGGGGGUGGCGGUGGGAGUGGUGGCGGGGGUGGGGGCUUUGGUGGCGGCGGUGGAGGCGGCGGCGGCGGUGGCGGUGGGAGCGGCGGUGACGGCGGUGGCGGAGGUGGCGGCGGCGGAGGUGGAGCUGGUCGGGGUGGUUCUGCGCAGCGGGGCGGCUUCGGUGGUGGUCAGCGCCAGCAGCAGCAGCGCACUCGUGAGACCCCGCCCCCCCAGCAGCUUCGUGAGUGGUACGCUGCGCGUCAGAGGGGCGGGGGUGCUGGUCCUUGUGCCUACGUCCUGCGUACUGGCGACCGCACUGGUGAACCGUGCGGUGGCCCGCACACCACCCAGCGCUGCUUCGGCCGCCUGACGGACGCUUGGCGUCUCCAGUUCCCUGACGCCACUGAGAUCCCCCGCUGGGGCGAGCUGCUUAGGUCGGGGGUUGCAAUCUUUGAUCUGGAUUAUGAUGCUAUUCUUGCUGCCAUGUAUGUUGUGUCUACUAGUGAUGAGGGUGACUGUUACCUGUGUGUUCCGCCUGACCCGGGCAUCGAGGCUUCUGCGCUAGGUGCUGGUGCGGCUGCUGCUCUAGGUGCUGGUGAGGCGGCUGCUCUAGGUGCUAGUGCGUCUGCUGCCCCAGGUACUGGUGAGUCUGCUCUCUCAGGUACCACGUCGGCUCAGGCCUUACACACCUUCACCCUUGACUCGGGUGCUUCCCGCUCCUUCUUUCGAGACCGCACCACGCUUGCGCCGCUUAGUCGGCCAGUUGCGGUCUCCCUGGCGGACCCCUCUGGGGGUCCUGUCCUUGCCCACUUCUCCACUGUCUUACCGUGUCCGGCGGCCCCCUCUGGCUCCCUGUCAGGUCUCUACCUCCCCUCGUUCUCUACGAACUUAGUGAGUGGAGCUGAUCUACAAGAUGGGGGGGUUGACCAGUUCACUCCUGCGAGUCAGCGGGUGACCCACUGUACGUGUGCUCGGACGGGCCGACACUUGGCCACGUUUACCCGUCAGCCGGGGUCGAGCCUGUACACACUGACUACUGAGUCUCCUCCGGUUGCUGGGUCUGGUCAGGUAGCUGCGUCGGGUCAGGUGUUUGCUGCAGCGUCCAGGACUGGUCCUGAGUCUGCUCCCUGCUCGUGUCGUCUCCUGUCCCACCGGACUCUCCUCUGGCACCACCGCCUUGGUCACCCCUCCCUGCCUCGUCUCCGAGGCAUGGCCUCCCGUUACCUUGUCUCUGGUCUUCCCCGGUCCCUCCCUCCCCUCCCUCCGGGGCCUGCCCCUACCUGCGUUCCCUGCGUCGAGGGGCGGCAGCGCGCCGCUCCUCACUCCUCCGAGUUUCCUCCGACAGAGGCUCCGCUGCAGACUCUUCACAUGGACGUGUGGGGCCCCGCCCGCGUCCGUGGCCAGGGUCACGAGCGUUACUUCCUGUUGGUGGUUGACGACUACUCGCGUUACACCACGGUGUUCCCCUUGCGCAGCAAGGGUGACGUCACUGAGGUGUUGAUCGACUGGAUCCGCGCAGCUCGUCUCCAGCUCGGAGAGAGUUUCGGCUCGGACUUUCCUGUUCUGCGUCUGCACUCUGACAGAGGCGGGGAGUUUUCCUCUGGCCUUCUGGGAGCCUUCUGUCGUGCACAGGGCAUCCGCCAAACGUUCACGCUUCCGGCCUCUCCACAGCAAAAUGGGAUUGCUGAGCGCCGCAUCGGCAUGGUCAUGGACGUCGCUCGUACGUCCAUGAUCCAUGCGGCUGCUCCCCAUUUUCUGUGGCCGUUUGCGGUUCGGUACGCAGCGCAUCAGAUCAACCUUCAGCCCCGGGUCUCCUUGCCAGAGACCUCCCCCACCUUGCGGUGGAUGGGGAAGGUUGGCGAUGCGUCUGCGUUUCGUGUCUGGGGAUCUCGGGCGUUUGUCCGCGACUUGUCUGCGGACAAGCUGUCCCCUCGUGCUGUUCCCUGCGUCUUCCUUGGCUUCCCCCCUGACGCGCCUGGCUGGCAGUUUUACCACCCCACCUCGCGCCGUGUUCUGUCCUCCCAGGACGUCACCUUUGACGAGUCGGUUCCUUACUACCAUCUCUUCCCCUACCGCACUGCGCCCCUCCCCCCGCCACAACUCUUCCUUGCGCCAGGUCCCCCCCCGGUAGACCCUCUCCCCCCUAAGGGUCCUGCCCCGUCAGGUGUGUCCCAGGUAGACGCAGUCGAGCCUGUCGAGGUAGCUGUUGACUCGGGUGCUGCUAGGGGUGUUGAGCCUGCGGGUGCGGGGUCUGGGGGUGCUGGGUCUGGGGGUGCUGAGCCUGGGGGUGCUGAGCCUGGGGGUGCGGAGCCUGGGGGAGCGGAGCCUGGGGGUGCUGAGCCUGGGGGUGCGGAGCCCGGGGGUGCUGAGUCUACUCGUGUGGCCUCUGGUGGAGCUGGGUCUGGGGGUCCUUUGGGUACUUCGUCUCGGCGGGAGCUACCCUCUCCACAGGAGCUGCGCGAGUGGUUUGCCAGGCGCUGGAGCCAUGCUGCUGAUGCUGGAGGUGCUGGAGCCGCUGGUCCUGGAGGUGCUCGUACUUGCGGUACUGGAGCUGCUGGGACUGGGGGUGCUGCUGCGGCUGCUGGAGUUGGUCUUGCUGGAGGUGCUGCUCGGGAUGGUGGUGCUGCUGGUGCUGGCGCUGGAGGUGCUACUGGCGUGGGUGCUGCUGGAGGUCCUUCUGGAGCUGGUGCUGCUGCGUCUUUCGGUGGUCCUGCUGGAGCUGGAGCUGCAGGAGCUGGUGCUUCUGGGGGUGCUGGAAUUGGUGCUGCUGGAGCUGGUGGUGCUGCUGGUGUUGGUGCUGACGCUGAGGGUGCUGGUGCUGUCCCUGCUGGUUCUGGAGGCGCUGCACGGCCGCGGCCGUACUUCGUUCCUCUCCUUGAGCAGGUUCUUGGCCUUCUGCCUUCUUCUGGUCCUUCUCCUGCCUUAGAGUGUCCACCGCCCGUCCCGUCCGCGUCACAGUUACAGCUGGCCUGUCCACUGCCUGCCCCUUCUCCCUACACUGGUCCUACUGGAGGUCUUGCUGAGCGUCGUGAGCCUGAGUCGCGUCCAGCGUCGCCUGUUCGUGCUGUUCGCACCGGUCGCCGUGUUCCGCGUCAGCGUCCUCCUGCAGUCCUCGGCACACACCAGAUGGCACUGCGUCCCUCCACUGCUCCACAGCGUGUCCCUUUGCCGUCUCCUCCUGAGUCCUCUCUUCCUGCUCUUGCUGACCCGGAGUCUGACUCUCUUCGUGCUGCUAGUCCUACUGUCACGCGUCUCCUGGCUACUGUUGUCAUUGACCCUUCCUUUGAGUCCACUGCUGCGUCUGCCUUAGUUGCUGAGCUUGUCGACUUCGCUGCUCACUGUCGUCUAGACUACGCCGCUAGUCUUGUUGCUGAGUCUGAGUCUGUCUGUCCUCCGUCCGUCGGGGGUGAGUGUGCUCUUAGCACGGACGUCCUUGAGGACAGGCAGGAGGAGUUCCAGUGUUUUGCUGCUGCUUUGCCUCAUCUCAUGUCCAUGCUGAUUGCCCCUGAGGGAGACCCGGAUGCACCAGACAUCCCGACUCCUCGAUCGUACGCUGAGGCGAUCGAGGGUCCCUACUCCUCACAGUGGCAGUCAGCCAUGGACGCAGAGAUGGCUUCCUGGAAGUCCACAGGCACCUACGUCGAUGAGGUUCCCCCACCUGGGGCGAACAUCGUCAGUGGCAUGUGGAUUUUCAGGGUGAAGCGGCCGCCUGGUUCUCCGCCUGUCUUCAAGGCACGUUACGUGGCUCGAGGCUUCAGUCAGCGGCAGGCAGUUGACUACUUUCAGACCUUCUCUCCCACCCCGAAGAUGACCACUCUUCGGAUGCUGCUGCACAUAGCCGCUCAGCGUGACUACGAGCUUCACUCUCUUGACUUCAGCACAGCUUUCUUGCAAGGCAGCCUGCACGAGGAGAUCUGGCUGCGCCGCCCACCUGGCUUCACUGGGUCGUUUCCUCCUGGUACCCAGUGGAGCCUCCGGCGGCCAGUCUACGGUCUCCGCCAGGCGCCGCGUGAGUGGCACGACACACUGAGGACUACACUUGCGGCUCCUGGGUUUGCUCCUUCUACUGCCGACCCGUCGCUGUUUCUGCGCACCGACACCUCAUUGCCGCCGUUCUACAUCCUCGUGUACGUCGACGACUUGGUCUUUGCCACUGCUGACACUGCUGGACUCGCCCACGUGAAGUCCGAGCUGCAGAAGAGACACACGUGCACAGACCUGGGUGAACUGCGCAGCUACCUUGGCUUGCAGAUCACCCGGGACAGAGCACAGCGCACCAUCACCCUGACUCAGUCACACAUGGUGCAGCAGGUCCUUCAGCGCUUCGACUUCACGUACUCCUCGCCUCAGGCCACUCCUCUGUCUACUCGCCACUCGCUCUCAGCUCUGCCUUCGGAUGAGUCCGUAGAGCCGAGUGGCCCGUACCCAGAGCUUGUUGGUUGCCUCAUGUACCUGAUGACCUGCACACGACCUGACCUUGCAUACCCUCUUAGCAUCCUGGCACGCUAUGUUGCUCGUGGGAGACACCGACCAGAGCAUAUGGCUGCAGCGAAGAGGGUGUUGCGCUACUUGUGCAGUACGUCGGGCAUGGGGCUAGUGCUUGGAGGGCGGCGUUCAGUGGUUCUCACAGGUCACGCAGACGCUUCUUGGGCUGACAACCAGGCUACGCAGCGGUCGUCACAGGGUUACACCUUCAGCCUUGGUUCUGGCUCUGUUUCAUGGCGGUCUACCCGCUCGUCUUCUGUUCUCGGCUCCAGCUGUGAGGCUGAGAUCUACGCGGGGGCCAUGGCUGCACAGGAGCUACGCUGGCUCACCUACCUGCUGACUGACCUAGGAGAGCUGCCUCGUUCUCCUCCAGUUCUGUACGUAGACAACAAGGCCAUGCUGGCCUUGUGUCGGGAGCACAGACUGGAGCACAGAACGAAGCACAUUGCUCUUCGCUACUUCCUUGCUCGUGAGCUACAGCAGCGUGGUCAGCUGCGUCUUGCUUACUGGGGGAUGAGGAGAGGAGGUGGGGGGGUGGCCGCAGCGUCCCCUCUUACUAACCCCCACAUCCCCACCCCCAACCAACCACCCGCCCUCAACCUCACCCCCCAUUUCAGCCGCCCCCUGGAACCGCACUCCCUCCACCCCUGUCUUCCUCCAUACCUCUCCCAACCACGAUGGUCCCUGUACAGUCUUUCACAGGUGGGCUGCUGGGCACAGGUGGGGCUGCUGGUCACAAGUGGGGCUGCUGGUUACAGGUGGGGCUGCUGGUCACAGGUGGGGCUGCUGGUCACAGGUGGGGCUGCUGGUCACAGGUGGGACUGCUGGUCACAGGUGGGGUUGCUGGUGCUGGUGCUGGCGGCUGGCGCUGGUGCUGGUGCUGGCGGCUGGCGCUGGUGCUGGUUCCUGGUGCUGGCGGCUGGCACUGGGGCUGGUUCCUGGUGCUGGCGGCUGGCGCUGGGGCUGGUUCCUGGUGCUGGCGGCUGGCGCUGGGGCUGGUUCCUGGUGCUGGCGGCUGGCGCUGGGGCUGGUUCCUGGUGCUGGCGGCUGGCGCUGGGGCUGGUUCCUGGUGCUGGCGGCUGGCGCUGGGGCUGGUUCCUGGUGCUGGCGGCUGGCGCUGGGGCUGGUGGUGCUGGCGGCUGGCGCUGGUGCUGGUUCCUGGUGCUGGCGGCUAGCGCUGGGGCUGGUUCCUGGUGCUGGCGGCUGGCGCUGGGGCUGGUUCUUGGUGCUGGCGGCUGGCGCUGGGGCUGGUUCCUGGUGCUGGCGGCUGGCGCUGGGGCUGGUUCCUGGUGCUGGCGGCUGGCGCUGGUGCUGGUUCCUGGUGCUGGCGGCUGGCGCUGGGGCUGGUUCCUGGUGAUGCGCGCUGGGCGGGACGGGGGACUGGAAUGGGCGGGGUAG